AUGCCUGUACGAUGUCUGAAGACGUGUCCAAAGGGCAUCGUAUAUGACUUGGAGAAGAAUGCUUCAAUGUCACUAUUCCUCGCCAGGAACACUCCCUACUGCAAUCCAAUGUAUACUCAGCACAACUACGGCUGCUCACCAUGUCAACGAUACCGCGAACGCUUCGUUACCGAAAUAGCCACCACUAUGCUGACUUCCCUUCUUGACAAAGCAGCCAAUUUUGAGUGCUGUCACGAACAGUAUCCCGAUAUGAGCGGUGGCGCUUCACGAUCUGUAAGUACGGCAACAAUUCCGGCACUUCAGUCCUCUAGCUUGGAUCAGCUAGAUGCCUCUUCGAAUGUUAACGGCCUUCCUAGACCGGAAGCACUCUAUGAGAAUUGA